AUGACGCUUUUGAUUUAUACUUGUGUUUUGUUAGUAACUUUAUUUAUCAAGGAAAGUUCACUGCGGUCACUCGAAGAUGAUGAGCCGUUUCUUCAGGCCCCUAAGUACACAAACUACGAUGAUUUGGUCAAACUUCUCGACAAGUUAGAAAAAACAUACCCGGAUCUGGCGAAAGUGUAUUCGAUAGGGAAUUCUGUAGAAGGACGGCAAUUGUUAGUGCUGCAGAUUAGUGAGGAUGUAAAACAUACACAUCCAGAACGACCCGCUUUCAAGUAUGUUGCAAACAUGCAUGGGGAUGAAUCAGUGGGGCGACAAUUGAUGGUUUUUUUGGGACAAUAUCUACUCAUAAAUUACGGCAAAGAUGACAGAGUGACACGGCUUGUGAACACUACAGAUAUUCAUUUGAUGCCUUCCUUGAAUCCUGAUGGUUUUGAAAUGAGUAAAGAGGGAGAGUGCGAGUCCUUACAAGAACCCAAUGGUCGGAACAAUGCUAAGGGGGUAGAUCUGAACCGUGACUUCCCUGAUCAGUUUGACCACAACCGUUCCAGGGAUGAUGCAUAUCUAUUCGGAGGUCGGCAGCCAGAAACCGCAGCUCUCAUGCGCUGGGUGUUGAAGAAGCAGUUUGUGCUUUCUGGUAACUUGCAUGGAGGAGCUAUAGUUGCCAGCUAUCCAUACGAUGAUUCUAGCACUGGAAAAGAUUGUUGCGAAGAAAGCCGGUCUCCAGAUGACGCAUUGUUCAAACACCUUGCUACUGUGUAUGCGUCGAAAAACGUCGACAUGAAACGAGGGAACUCCUGCAAACCUGACAACUUUAAAGAUGGUAUCACCAAUGGCGCUUUCUGGUAUUCUGUUCAAGGUGGUAUGCAGGACUUUAACUAUGUCUAUUCCAACUGUUUUGAGGUUACCUUCGAACUGUCUUGCUGCAAGUACCCAAUCGCUAGCCAGCUACCACAAUUCUGGGAAACGAACCGGGAUUCUCUUAUAGCCUUCAUAGAACAGACCCAUAUUGGUGUUAAGGGUUUUGUUUUCGAUGAGGAUGAGCUGCCUAUUAAGGAUGCGCAAAUUAUCGUCGAAGGCAUCAAACAUUCUGUGAGGACCACUGAACAUGGUGCUUAUUGGAGAUUGCUCUUACCUGGGGAAUACAAUAUCACUGCCAUAGCUUCCGGCUACGUACCAUCCAAGACUGUGACAGUGACCGUCACGGAAGAUGUCCCAGUAACGGUCAACUUUACUGUUCACCGCCGCUUACGUUCUCUUACCGAUGCUGACUUCAUGCACCACAACUACGUGAAGAUGGAGAGCUACCUUAAGCAUCUGCACGAAGCGUACCCGGAUAUCACUCGACUGAGCAGUAUUGGAAAGUCUGUGGAGGAGCGGGAGCUGUACGUGCUGGAGAUAACGAGAGACCCCGGCAGGCAUAUACCUGGCAAACCUGAGUUCAAAUACGUCGCCAACAUGCACGGUAAUGAAGUUAUUGGACGUGAACUAUUGCUGUUGUUGGCCAAAUAUCUAUGCCAACAAUACACCAAUGGUGACGAGAGAAUCCAAAGGAUACUGAACACGACAAGAGUACAUCUUAUGCCCAGCAUGAAUCCAGACGGCUAUGAGAUGAGUAGAGAACCAGACUACAGCUCCUUAAGGGGCAGAUCGAACGCGCACAACAUAGACCUCAACAGAAACUUUCCUGAUCAGUUUGGAAUCACACAGGACAACCGUGUACUGGAGCCCGAGACGGAAGCGGUGAUGAGAUGGUCACAGUCGCUGCCUUUCGUACUGUCCGCGAACUUACACGGUGGGGCGCUGGUGGCCAACUAUCCUUACGACGGUAACCCCCUUAUGACCAGCGGCUCAGAGUUUCUCACGCCUGAUAAUGAAGUUUUCGUCCAUUUGGCCCACGUGUACUCUGAUGCUCACCAUAAAAUGCAUCUCGGACAACCAUGCAAGAACAUACCGGAGGAGAAGUUCCCCGGUGGGAUCACUAAUGGUGCUAAAUGGUACGUCCUCGCCGGCGGCAUGCAAGACUGGAACUACCUCCACACAAACGACAUGGAGAUCACUUUAGAGCUGGGCUGCUAUAAGUUUCCACCGGCCGAGGAUCUGCCGACCUACUGGGAGGAUAAUAAGGAAGCAUUGUUGCAGUUCAUAGAGCAGGUGCACAAAGGCGUGCACGGGUUCGUGCACAGCCACAUCGGGCACGCGCUGGCCAACGCCACCGUGUCCGUGGGCGGUGUGCGCCACGCCGUGCGCACCGCACGCGACGGGGACUACUGGCGCCUGUUGCUGCCCGGGAAAUACAACAUCACCGCUGCCAAGGACGGAUAUGAAAGUGUCACGGAAGAAGUAACCAUACCGGCCAAUGGCUCGGUGAGCGUCAACUUCACUCUUAUGGUGGACGACCCGCAACAUUGGUCUUCUGCCUACGACUUCCGCGUCCUAGAGAACAUAGUGAACACUCGGUACCACAGCCCGGUGGAGAUGUACGCCGAGCUCUCGGAACUAGAGAACCGGUAUCCCGACGUCGCGGAGUUCAGAUCUGGAGACGCCCUGAAAACCGCCACUAUACAUCAGCUGAAACUAACCGACCAGAUUGGUUCACCGGAGGAAACGAAAUUCCACGUUGCGAUCAUAAGUAACCUCUACAGCUCGCAAGCCUUGGGUCAAGAGAUGCUUCUGAACUUCGCGCGCCACCUCGCCACAGCAUACACCAUCGGAGAACCCAUCCAUCAGAAAUUACUCAAAAACGCCGUCUUGCAUUUCAUACCCAACAUUGACCCGCUCUACAAAAAAAUCCUUAAGGUAUACGACAACACUGACAAGUGCGACCUUCAACCUCUGGAAGAGGAAUUCGGCGACAGCGUGUACGGCUACCUCACUAAAAAGAAUCUGAACCCGUUGUCGAAUUACACGCGAGAGAAGGCGUUCAUAAAUCUUUUAGAAGAGGAGAAGUACGAUCUGAUACUCGAACUGGCGUCCGGUACAGAAGACGUUGCGUAUCCGGAAUUGUCGAGAGACAUCUACGAGCAGUUUGCUAGAAAAUUCCAAGACAACAGAACGCCUAGUAAUCGAUACCAAUGCGCCGAGCAGAACAUCGAUGCGAAUCACGGGAAUCUAAUCGAUUUGAUCUCCGAGAGAUAUAACACACCGAUUAUCGCUGUCGGAUUGAGUUGCUGUAAAAUGCCGGCACCGGACCUCAUCGGCUGGGUGUGGAGAGACAGCUUACGUGGGAUCAUGAAAUUUGUAGAGGUUGCCAACACUGGCGUGAAGGGUUACAUAAAGAACGAGGACGGUGUACCGCUGCGGGAGGCGACGCUGGCGGUGCCGGGCUCGUCGCGCCAGUACCGCGUGUCGCGGAACCGCGCGCACUUCCGCGCGCUGCUGCCGCCCGGGGACGUGCGCCUGCUGGUGCGCGCCCGGGGUUACCACGACCAGAUGCUGACAUGGCGCGUGGUGGAGAACGUGGUGAAGCAGAAAGACAUCGUGAUGAAGCGCGUCAACGCAGAACACAGGCCCCUGGCUGCUGUCGACGAGCUGCCCAUCGACGACAACCCCAACAUCGUCUACAUCACCGGUCUCGCUCUGAACUACAACAGUCUACCGCUGGUUGGGGCUAAGAUAUCGGUGACGCCUUUGACAUCAAUUCAUCCGCUGGUCACCAACACCACCGAUGCAGCCGGGAGGUUCCUUCUGUCCCUGCCCGUUACCUACAUGGGCAGAGAGGUCUCGAUGUCGGUCGUUCACGAUGGAUACAUAACUCUCAAUAGACAUAUCAAAAUUAACAGCGAUAGCAACUUGACCCCAAAUGUGCUGUUCAAGUUAGAAAGGGACGACACUGUUUUGGGGAUGCCCCGACUUGUCUUUGUAAUGUUGUCUGGCGUGGUGGGCGUGGCACUGGUGGCAGUGGCAGCCUGGUGCUACGGCUGCCGGCGCCGCGCACGCGAUCACCGUCGCAACUACAUGUUCACGCACCUGCCGCACGAUGACAAGCGGCCGCUAUGCGAAAACGUGUCUUACGAUCUACUCCAGAAGCCAUACUACGACGACGAUGACGUCCCGCCUUCUGAAACUGACUCCGAAGACGAGAUCGUACUGCUGAGAUCUGAUCGGGAGUGGAAAGCCGUCGAUCAAAACGAAAACUAA